AUGGAGCGGCUGCGGGACGUGCGGGCGCAGCUGCUGGCGUGGGAACGCGCGUUCCGGCGGCAGCGCGGGCGGCGGCCGGUGCAGGAAGACGUGGAAGCGGCGCCCGAGGAAACCCGCGCGCUCUACCGGGAGUACCGCGCCUUGAAGGAGACCUUGCGUCCGGCAAGCGGCGCUGGACCCCGCGUCCUCGCGCAGGCGCUUCCUGAGGCUCCCGAGGAGGUGCCCGAGCCCAGCUGCUGGGGAUCCCACCUGAAUCGGGCUGUAACCCGGAGUCUCCCUCCUGCUGCUGGGCGGAGCCCUCGCGGGUCUGUGCCCGACUAUGGGGAGAGGCUCAAGGCAAACCUGAAGGAUGCUCUGCAGGCCGGGCCAGCUCUGCGCCGAAUACCCCGGCCUCUGCAAAGACCCCCACCCGAGGUGCCUUCCCCGGAGCUGCCAACUACAGGGGCUUCCCCCUUGUCUCCUGAAGAAGCCAGUGAGGUGCUGCCCCAGCUCCCCCGGUCCCAGCUAAGGCCAGGCCGGCUCCAGCAGCUGCAGGAGUCCCUGAGCCUGCGGCUGAGCUCCCUGGAUCCUGGCUGGAUACAGAGGUGUCACAAUGAGGCCCAAGGUUUUCUGGGGACUCCUGAGGCCUGCCAUCAUGCCCUGGGUACAGAGGAGCCACAGCCCCCGACAUCAGGUGUUCCCCCCGAUCCUGGCCCCAGCGGGGGCCCUGAGGCACCUUUUCUGGGCUCAGAGGCUCCAGCUCCAAAGGUACCUGGGGUCAGUGCAAGGAGCCCCCUCCUGGGCAGCAGCCAAGGCAAGAAGCGGAGACAGAGUGGGGAGCCAAACGGGACCGCUACACAGGCCCAGCAGCACAGCAGCCAAGAAGGCUCCCCGCUGGAGGGAGCUGGGGCUGUACUGCACACAGGAGAAAACUGUCCAGGGGAGCCCAUGCCGGCACAGCCCUUCCCCGGCCCCUCAGCCCCCAGGCCAGCUGUGCAGGACAGGGGCAAUUACGUUCGGCUCAACCUGAAGCAGAAGCGCUACGUCCGGGGCCCGGCCCUGCGGGGCAGACUCCUCCGAAGGCAGGCGUGGAAACAGAAAUGGAGGAAGAAGGCGGAAUGUUUCGGGGGUGGGCAGCCCCGGGCCCCAGUCAAGGAUUCUUGCUUCCGGUGUGGGCAGCUCGGUCACUGGGCAUCCAAGUGCCCCAAACCAGGCGAGGAAGAUACGGGUCCUGCUGGGUCUGAGUUGCUAGUGUCCACGGAGGCACUUAUGCCUGGGGCACCCUGCCCAUCCCCAGCUGUUCCGCCACUCUACCUGCCAGGUCCCUUGGGGCAGGUGGCAGAGACGCCGGUUGAGGUGCUGCAGGCCCUGGAGCAGCUGGGGCACCGAGCCUUCCGCCCUGGGCAGGAGCACGCGGUCAUGCGGAUCCUGUCUGGCAUGUCCACUCUGCUGGUGCUGCCCACCGGUGCUGGCAAGUCCCUGUGCUACCAGCUUCCUGCGCUGCUCUACGCCCGGCGAGGCCCCUGUCUCACACUGGUCAUCUCUCCUCUCCUGUCCCUCAUGGACGACCAGGUGUCUGGCCUGCCCCAAGGCCUGAAGGCGGCUUGCAUACACUCGGGCAUGACAAGGAAGCAGCGGGACUCAGCCCUGCAGAAGGCUCGGGCAGGCCAGGUCCACGUGCUGAUGCUGUCGCCCGAGGCGUUAGUUGGAGCUGGGACCGGGAGCCCUGCCUGCCUCACUCAGCUGCCCCCAGUGGCCUUUGUCUGUGUAGACGAAGCCCACUGCCUCUCUCAGUGGUCCCACAACUUCAGACCCUGCUAUCUCCGUGUCUGCAAGGUGCUGCGGGAGUGCCUGGGCGUGCGCUGCUUCCUGGGCCUCACAGCCACGGCCACACGCAGCACCACCCUCGAUGUGGCCGAGCAUCUGGGCAUAGCUAAGGAGGCUGUCCUCAGGGGACCGGUCACUGUCCCUGCCAACCUGCACCUGUCUGUGUCCAUAGACAGGAACCCCGACCAGGCCCUGGUGACGCUGCUGCAGGGUGACCGCUUCCGCACCCUGGACUCCAUCAUCAUCUACUGCAACAGGCGCGAGGACACCGAGCGUGUAUCCGCUCUGCUGCGCACCUGUUUGCCUGGGACCAGGGCUCCGGGGCCUGGAGGCCGGGCCCCAGAGGCUGUGGCUGAAGCCUACCAUGCUGGCAUGUGCAGCCGGGAGCGGCGGCGGGUGCAGCGGGCCUUCAUGGAGGGCCGGCUGCGGGUGGUGGUGGCCACAGUGGCCUUUGGGAUGGGCUUGGACCGGCCAGAUGUGCGGGCUGUUCUGCACCUGGGGCUGCCCCCGAGUUUUGAGAGCUACAUUCAGGCCGUGGGCCGGGCUGGGCGUGAUGGGCAGCCCGCACACUGCCACCUCUUCCUGCAGCCCCAGGGCGAGGACCUUCGGGAGCUGCGCAGACACGUGCAUGCCAACGCCAUCGACUUCCUCACUGUGAAGAAGCUGGUGCAGCGGGCGUUCCCGCCCUGCGCCUGCACCCAACGGCUAUCCGAGCAGGAGGGAGGCGAGAGACAGGAGGGCUGCUCCUCCAAGCAGCCCAGCUGUGAGCAAACAGCCCGGUGCCCGGGCCACAAGCGGGCACUCCCAGUGCAGCCGACAGUGCAGGCUCUGGACCUGCCUGAGGAGGUCAUUGAGACUCUGCUGUGCUACUUGGAGCUGCACUCACGGCGCUGGCUGGAGCUGCUGGCACCCACCUACACUCGCUGCUGCGUGCGAUGCCCUGGGGGCCCCACCCAGCUCCAGGCCCUGGCCCGCAGGUGUGUCCCCCUGGCUGCAUGGUUGGCCCAGCAGCUGCCUGAGAACACAGGUGGGGAAAGCAGUGUGGAGUUUGACAUGCUGGAGCUGGUCGACUCCAUGGGCUGGGAGCUGGCCCCCGUGCGGAAGGCCCUCCGCCAACUGCAGUGGGACCCGGAGCCCAGGAAAGGUGUGCCUCGGGGCACAGGGGUGCUGGUGGAGUUCAGCGAGCUGGCCUUCUACCUGCACAGCCCUGGGGACCUGACCGCCCAGGAAAAGGACCAGAUCUGUGGCUUCCUUCAUGACCGAGUGCAGGCCAGAGAGCGAGAGGCCCUGGCCAACCUGCGCCUUAUGUUCCAGGCCUUUCACAGCGUAGCCUUCCCCAGCUGUGGGCCCUGCUUGGAGCAGCCGGACGAUGACCGCAGCUCCAGGCUCAAGGCCCUGCUCACCCACUACCUGGAGGAAGGGGGCCCAGUAGCUGAGAAGGAAGCACAGGGCCCAGAGCCUGGACAGGCCGAGCUCCAGGACUGGGAGGACCAGGUCCGCAGGGACGUCCGCCACUUCCUGUCCUCGUGGCCAGAGCAGCAGUUCUCAGGCAGGGCUGUGGCCCGCAUCUUCCAUGGCAUUGGAAGCCCCUGCUUUCCAGCCCAGGUGUACGGACGGGACCGACGCUUCUGGAGGAAGUACCUGCACCUGAGCUUCCACGCCCUGAUCAAGCUGGCCACUGAGGAGAUCCUCUUGGGCCGCUGA